GAGUCGAGCGAGCGUUCGUUCGACCGGCAGUGAGAGCCGACAUGCCGUUCCCGCCGCAGGCACUCGUUGUCGUUGUUCGUCCGGUACCGGUUUGAGAGCGUCGAGACAAAGUUCCUUCGAGUUCCUUCUUCCCCUUUCAGCGCCUUUCCUCGCGCAUUUGUGCCUUCUUUCGCGUACAAGUGCCGUACCGCGUGAACGCGUUCGCUUAUUCGACAAUUGAAUUUAACAAAAGAGAAGACGUUGCAUUGAAACUUGGGAUAAUAUAUAGGAUCACGAGGAGAUAAAGAAAUAAGGAACAAAAAGAGAGGGCUAAGUUCUUGGAAUCAAGGGAAAAGAAAUUGAAGAGAAGAACCAUACCUUUUCUCCUCCUUUUGCUGAAACAUCAAAAAAUUAUAAGACUUUUCUUCUCUCAGUCUCUCCCCUUCUCUCUCCACCCCGUUCUUUCUCUCCUCCCACUCCAACUCCUCCCGUAGCAUCCGCCUCUCUCCUUCUCUCUUUUUCUCUUUCCUCCUGCUCCCUCCUUUCUCUUUAAGCGUUCUUCGUCGAAGGCGCGAGGUAGACGGCACCGUGCGCUACGUAGACCGCGCACAGGGGAUUUCUAAAUUCCUUGGGCGCGGGAGAGUUUUAGCGAGGUUGUAAAUAUGGCGUGUGAACGGUGGUGCUCAGAACGUGGCGACUACGAGGCGACCGGUUCUUCUUCUCCCUCACAAUGGCCUUACGUAUUGCUGUUCCUUGUCGUUCUACUCUGCUGUGGAUCGUCGUCUCUGGCGAUUGGCCAGUUUGAUCACGAAUACUAUAGCUAUUCUGGAAUCAUGUCAAACGCGAGAUCAUCAGUCGACUACAGUUUACCAUAUUUAUCCUUUGCUCCUGAAGAAGAGCUGCUUGUCAGAGAACGCCGAAUGACUAAUGAUAAAGACACGAUAAACUCUGAUAGGGAGCCCCAGGCUGAACAAGUUGGAGACAAGAUACAUCAACAACAACAGCAGCAACAGCAACAGCAACAACAAUCAAUACAACAACAGCAGCAAGGAUUGGAGCAAACUUCUAUAAAUCAUCAGAUAAUUCAACAACCAUCGACGUUUCAGCAAAACCUAAAGCACCAACAGGAACAACAGCAGCAGCAGCAGCAGCAGCAGCAGCAACAACAACAAAAGCCUGUAAAUGCUACAUCCAACUCACAAUCAGAUGAUGUUUCUUAUUCGACGAUUAGUGGAGCAUCAGAAAAUCACGAUGCAGCUUCCAGCACUAAACCAAGCGUUGAGGUUUCUACGCAAAAGUCUGAAGUAACGUCGAAGGACUCCGUCCUUGUGUCUCAGCCGAUGAAUCCGAUAACUGGAAGUGUUUCACAGCAACCCACAAUGUCAGGUGAUACUGCCGAGGAACAGGAACUAAAUGAAAGUGCUUCCGGAGGUUACGUUACUGAAACAGUCAACAACCAAAGUAAAAAGAGCGAGGUUUCAGAACCUACCACUGAGAAGGACAAUGGCAAUGAAAAGGAGCAAUCUGAUACUGACAUAGGCGGGAUAUCCAUCACGAAGUUCUCCGACAUGAAUGCGUUCAAUAAAUCGCUCGCGCAGAACAACAUAACAAAGACCGAAAUGGAUGCGCAUCAAUAUUAUAACAGCACGUUCAUCGUCAAUGAGUCAGUUGCAAAGGGUUAUUGGGUUGACAUGGACAAUCAUCCUGAUCUUCGUGUUAAUCAUUUGCUCAGCAAAAGUCACCGACGUGCAACAACCGUCAAAUUGAAAUUCGACUUUCCAUUUUACGGUCACAAGGUCCGUAACAUUACCAUCGCAACGGGUGGAUUUUUAUAUACGGGAGAGUACGUACAUAGUUGGCUAGCCGCCACUCAAUACAUUGCACCACUUAUGGCCAAUUUCGACACGAGACUUUCCAACGAGAGUUUUGUUAAGUAUGCCGAUAAUGGUACGUCAUUUACGGUCGAAUGGGAAAAAGUUCAUCUACAGGAGAAGCACGCCGACAGUUCAUUCACUUUCCAGGUAACUCUGCAUCAGAACGGUGACAUCGUCUUCGUGUAUUCCGUUAUUCCUUUCAUAAUAGAACAAAUAGAAGACACUACACAUCCUGUCAAAGUUGGGCUCAGUGAUGCCUACAUCAUGGACAGGACGGUGUUCUUUGUUCGUCGAAAAACUAUCUACGAGUAUCAUCGCGUCAAUUUCAACAGACAAGACAUCAAAAAUUGGACUGUCAUUUAUUUGCGUGCAUUACCUACUUGCUUGGAAAUGGAUAAUUGCACGGAUUGCUUAACAAAGUUAACAGAGUUUGAUUGCAAAUGGUGUUCCGAAUUGAAUCAGUGUAGUACUGGUACAUUUAGAUCACGACAGGAUUGGCUGUUGAAAGGUUGUGACAUCAGACAUAUUAAGGAGGUGGACAUAUGUCCGCCAUCUACGACAAUUUACAAGGAACAGGAAGAAGGACACGAUCACAAUGGACACGUUCAUACGGAAGAAGAUGCACUCUUGAGUAAAUCCGUAGUGAAGAAGAAAAGUCCUGGAAGCAGUCCUCUGGAACAUCCUCGAGAGAAUAUGAAUAUGAGCGUGUCAGGUAUAAUCGGGAUCCUCCUUGUCGUCACUUUAAUUGCCGGUUUAGGAGGAUGGGUUGCAUACGCGUAUCGUAAUCCUCAUAGUGCAUCUGGACAGAUGUUAAUCAGGUAUCGUCCAAGUCAGUGGAGCUGGCGAAGAGGCGAAGCACGUUACACUGCUGCAACGAUCCAUAUGUGAUCGCACGUGGGCGAGAUAUGAGAAAGUCAACAAGAGUCGAGGAAUACAGAAACUUCCUACUACAGUAAACACGAGCCACGGCGAAAGUCCAUACAUAAGCUAAACGUUUACGUAACAAGCUAGACGUUUGCUCAGACGAUGACAAACGUGUCCUUUUUGCGAAAUUUACAAUAAGUUACAUACAUUUUAUUCAUCGGCUAGUACAUUCAAAUAGGUUUUAUCAUAUCACUCGUAAACGAACGAUGUAGUCUUGAGGAAGAACAACGCUGAAGGUCUUAUCGUUCCUACAAGAGACAUCAAUGAAUGAAAACUAUGAAUUACUUAUAAAGGAACCAAGGUAAAUGAAUUCACGAAGGUUGAGUGAGACGCUCGCAUUUGUUGGACUAACGAACGACGAUCCGGAGGACGAUACGCAUUUUGUUUAUUACAUUGGCAAGUUCUAAACAAUGCCUUUCGAGAUAUCUUCUCUACGGUCAAAAUGAACUACAAUGUAAGCUGAAUAUAUAUAUAUAUAUAUAUAUAUAUAUAUAUAUAUAUAUAUAUAUAUAUAUUAUAAUAGUCAAACGUCUUGCGAAUUACAUCGUCGCGUACAUUAUAAAAUCUAUGCGUUUUUAUUAUCGCGUAGGAUCUUUAACGAAAGCGUUUGAUAUAUACUUGUUAAUCGUUACGGUCAAAUGUAAGAAUCGAAGGGGACGGGUAACUUAGCCUGAGUGUCCAGCGUUUAUGUGAUUUUAGCAGCAUGUGGUAUAUCUUGUUAUUGUUUAAGAAUUCGUUUUCUUUUUUUUUUUUUUUUUUUCUUCUUUUUAUCGUUAGAUCAAUUACAAUAAUAUUGUUUUUAAGUAUGUAAUUUUCUUAGUCGAAGAAAAGUCAAAUCGAAGAUCACUCUCAAACGAUCAGUUUUUUCAUGUAGUAGUAAUGUUGAAACUACAGUCUUAUUGAUUGAGAGCCAAUGCAAAGAAGUAAAUCAUCCUAAUCGUUUACUUUCGAAUCCGUAUUUUCUGCAUGGCAUUCACCUUGGUACAUUCCAAAAUCAUUGAAGAAUACGAUAAAGACAAGAUGCAACAGCUUAUUCUUUGAUCGUAGUUUCUUCAUUUCUCUAGAAUAUACAUACUUGAUAUACGCACAUAGAGUAUAUGCGUAUGUAUAGAUAAGAGUAUAUUUUCGAAGAAGUUUUAUAUAAAUGAGAGCACCUUCACUUUUAAAUGAUCAUGAAAAUAGGAAAAUAACAAAAAAAGAAAUAAAAAAGAAAGAAAAAGAAGAUAAUAAAAAAUAAAAAAAAAAAA